GUUAUCUUGCUUCUUGCUCAACCCAUCUGGGUUUAACUAAAGCUUUUUGUUGCUUUCAGUAAAAGAUCAUUGUACUUUAAUUUUCCUCUCUCACUUCUUCCUUUAAUUGUAUUCAUUUUAGUAGCAUAAUUUUAUGGGCCACCAAAGUGUGAGGAUGUGUUCAUCUUAAAUGUGUAAAUAUCUGUUAACCACCAUUCCAGGGCCCUGACCUGACUCCUUGUAUCUCCAUUUUUCUGGCUUCAUUAUCAGUGGAUUAACCUUUGCUUUACCAUAACUUGUAAUUAAUUCCAUCAUUCCAUUAUGUGAUUAACCAUACUUUGGUGUUUAUCAGUUAUUGUUUACUUUGGUUUCAUCUAUCGUCAUCUAACACACAAGUUGCUCAUCUAGAAAAGAUUUAAAGUCUUUUCUUUUCCAUACUGUUUAUCCUUUUUUCCUCUAUUUAUUAAUGAUAUCUAUUGAAGUUUCAAGCCACUUCCUGUUACAAAAAUAAUGAAUCCUCUCGUUAGUUUAACGAUUUGGUUUUUAAUUGGCACAACAGUCAUAAAAUAUAGCGUUAGCCGUGAGUUGAGUGAUGAAAUUGAUUCUAUUGGGUCAAGUGAUGAUAAGUCAGCAGAGGAGGACAAUCUAGAUCAACCAUGGCUUCAUAUCAAUUUCAUUUCGCCCAAAUUUGAAGUAUCUCAAGCAAAAUGGUGGUUUGACAAUUCCAUUGGUUUCCAUGCUAAAGGAAUGGAACAUCUGUAUCUUUUAACGCAAUUGUUAAUGAAUUGGAUUCAGCCACCAGGAAUGCCUCCAGGGUUCAUUAAAGAGGAACUUUUUGAUAAUCCUGUGGAACAUGUUAAGGAGAACCAGUUAAAGCUUUUCACUCAUUUUUGGGGUAUAAUACUCACCUCGACCAUAGCAAUAUGUUUGUCUAUCAUUGUGCCAUUACUAGGUUUUUUACUAUGCUGCUGUUGCUGUAAAAUAUCAUCAAGCAAUCAACGUGCCAAACACACUCACAACCGAGACCCAGUUCUGUAUAUCACCUCAUCUUCAUCGAGCGCUGGUUCUCCAGGUCAUCAAGCAAAGAAAAAGAAACCCAAGUAUAAGAUUGAGAAAGGAUUAGAUUCAUGUUCAAGAUCAAUCUGUAGUAUUACACUUUUCAUAAUCCUUUUGUUGGUAUCUUUUUUUGUGAUCUGCGCCUUUGUUACAAACGAAUAUGUUCACAACGGUGUUAACCAAUUACCCCGAACACUCAACCAAAGUUUGGAUGACAUUAAAUUGUACUUGAAUAAGACACAAUUUGAAGUCAACACUCUUCUACGAACAAAUUUUCGCCAACUCGAACAAGAAUUGGACAAUAGUCUAGAUAGAAGUGGUAUAAUUGUUAAAAAUCGCUUAGCUCAACACACAAAGGCCAUCUCAUUGGAAAACUUGACCGCAAUUGUUUCAAAAUUGGAUGACAUUCAUCGCGAUUUAACGGAACUGUCUGAUCAUAUGGCGGUUUUCAAGAAUGAUGUUCAACGAAUUGCUGUUGGAUUGGAAAACAAGCGAAAAAGUCUUGAAAAUGUGCUGAAAAACUGUCGUGAUCCCAUUUGCAUUGAGUUGGAGCAAAAGUACAGAAAUAAAUUAUCGCGAUUCCAAAUCUCAGCUAAAUUGAAUAAUCUUCCUGAUUUGUCUCCGGUUAUAUCAAAUAUCUCACAACUUCUCAAAGCUGGAAUUGUAAAUGAAGUACUUAAAGGGAAAAGCUCUUUUGACCGUAUUAGCUUUGAAAUUCAACAAGCCGUCAAUGGUACAAUACCUGAAAUUAAGAAGCAGAUUCGUUUAGUGGGACGCGAUUUAUCUUCCACUGCCGAUGACAUUAACAAUCUUCUUAAUUUGCCAGAUGAAGAUAUUGAAAAUGGUAAACACAAUAUUGAUGUUGGCUCACAGUUUCUCAUUAAAUAUGAUGUUUAUCGUAAUCUUGGCUGCCUUGGAGGAACAACACUUGUUUUCACCAUUAUGUUGGCCUAUUCAAUUGGUUUACUAUGCGGUGUCUGUAAAAAACAACCCACUUACCAUGAAUAUCGUAGCCGUCGGGUUAAACCUCCCACCUCUUGUCCUUUCCGUUUUGGAAUCUGUCAUGUUUUCCUGCUUUUUGCCAUUUUAAUGCUAGCUACUAUAAUUUUUUUCAUUACUGGAUCGGUAGUUGAUAGAGUUGGCUGUUAUUAUCUUGAACAUCCUGAAGAACCACAAACCCGUCAAUUGAUGGCUAUUUUACAGAAAAAACUAGACGAUGGAACAAUUAGUAAAUCGAUUGAUCAAGUUGCCUUGAUCAGAGGAAUUAAACCCAACAUUGCUGAUGUUAUCGCACGUUGUCAUCAAAAUUCCAGCUUAUACAAUGUUUUACAACCAAAUAAAUACAAUUCCAUCCAAUUGCCCAAUAAUAAGAUUAUCGCUGGUUUUAAUUUAAGUAAUGUACUUGAAUUUAAGGGCAGAUACAAGAUUGAAGCUCGAUUAAGGCGUCUUCUUGAUAAUGUUAACUUUGACCCAUCUUCAAUUGUUAUACUCACACACAAAGCCACCUCUUUACUGGAAAGGUUAAAAGACAGCAAUCUAGAUGACCUCAAUUUUUCAUCUUUUUCCAACUUAAUGUAUCAAAAGAUUACCCCCUUGGAUUUGCAUAAUGUUUCAAUUGAGCUUAAGGCAGAGGCCAAAAAACUACCGACAUCACAAAUAAGUUAUAGCGCAGAGCUGGCAGAUAUUGGCAUCAUAUUGGAUGGUUAUCAUAAUCAGCUGAAAGAAGUUCAGGAUUCGUUAUCCAAGUUGAAUAGAGCAGCUCAAAAAAUUAAAGACAAAUCUUCAUAUGGAAGCCGAGGAAUUCGAGAUGCUCUUACAAUCCUAAUAAAGCAAGCUAAGAGUGCACAAUACUUAAUUGAAAAGAAUGGUAAAAAUGCUAUUAAAGAAGAUGCUGAACACUUUAUUAAUGAUUUAGGAGCAUUGAUUGACCAGUAUGCUCAGCAUGUGUUUGAUCAGGUUGAAAGUCAACUUGGUCGAUGUGAACCUGUAAGUCGAGCCAUUAACGCAACAACAAUUGCUAUUUGUAAAGAGAUUGUCCUUCCAUAUAAUGGAUACUGGUUUAGUAUGGGAUCAGCAAUUCUUUUAUUAUUACCUGCCACUCUAAGUGCGUCAAUUUUGGCUAAUUUAUUUCGCAAAUUAAAACGACCCAAAGCUCGUCGUCAUCUCGAUUUAGACGCUGAUGUGACUUUGGAAAAUUUUGAAGAAGAUGACAUUCCCUUGGCACAAGUCGUAAAACAAACCGAUAUACCUUAUGAAGCUAGACGCAACCCACCAAUGUAUCAAAACUCAUCUGCACCUAGUGCACCACACUCUGAAGAAAACUGGAUAACCUCAGCAACUUCCCCACCUCAUAUGUAUACUCGUCCUCCACCUUACAAUUUCAACAACUAAAUUGAACCAAACUAACUUGUAGAGUUCAAAAACGAUACAAAAUCGCUACCAAAUUAUCGCCAAUCUUUCACCUUUUCUCUUUAUUCCAUUUACUUUCUUUUAUCUAUAAAUUCAUUUUAACUCAUUCUGACUCUCAUUUCAUUAUCACUCUACUUUUGUUUGAUUUAAUCCAUUAUCUUCAUUUCUGUAUUACUUCUAUUCAUAAUUUUAUUUCUUAAUUCAAAUUCAAAACAAAUCUUCGAUGAAAGUUGUGGAAAAUGAAUAAAAAAUACAACUUUGA